AUGUCUUCUGGAGGUCUUCUUCUCCUGCUGGGACUCCUCACCCUCUGGGCAGAGCUGACCCCCGUCUCCGGCCAGGACCAGCCAGAUUUUUGUCAUCUUCGAGAACAUGGGCCAUGUAGAGCUGAAUUUCUUCGCUUCUACUACAACUCGACUUUCAAUAACUGCCAGGAGUUUAUUUACGGUGGAUGCGAUGGCAAUGCCAACAAUUUUGUGACCAGAGAUGAAUGCCACUAA